AUGAAGCAUGAUGUGGACACUUUCAAGGAUCUUUAUGUCAAUAAAGUGCUGUCUGGUGGUACCACCACGUAUCAAAGCAUUGCUGAUGGGUUGCAGAAGGAGAUUACAACUCUAGUGCCCAGAAGAAUAAGGAUUAAGAUCAUUGCUCCCGAAGAAGGCAACUACUUGGUUUGGAUUGGUGGCUCCAUCCUGGCCUCACUGUUCACCUUCCAGCAUAUGUGGAUCAGCAUGCAGGAAUAUGAGGAGUCAGGCCCCUCCAUCAUCCACCACAAAUACUUCUAG